GGGUGCCCCAGGCCUGUUUAGAGUGAAACAAAACUCAUCAUGUCACCACCACCUCUGGCAACCCGGUCAGGCUGUCGUACACGAGGGACGGAGAGAGACAGACUCGGCCAUGGCCCCCAGCCUGUCCGCCCUGCCAUGGCCGCCCCGAAGGUGGACUCAGAAAUGAAGCACGAGAUUGACAAGUUCAGGGAUACGAUCGCCGGUGAAGCUGAGGAUCUAGUCGCAAAUUUCUUCCCAAAGAAGCUUUUGGAGCUGGAUGCUUUCCUCAAGGAUCCCCUUUGGAACAAUCACAGCCUGACCCAAAUCCACUCAGGGGUGAAUGUUCCCGUCCCUGAUGCAAGGCAGCUCACAAGCAGCCGUGACAAGCUGGCUGAGCCCAACACGAAAAAGAGAAAGCUGGAAGAGUGUGAAGAGGCUUUGCAGGGGACCAAACUCUUUGCCGUGCCUAACAGGAUGCUGAAGAGCAACCGGCAGCUUGUGGACCUCAUCGAGAAGGUGGAACCCGAGAUCCGGCUGAUGGUUGAAAAGUGCAGCAUGGCCACAUUGUGGGUGGAGCUGCUGAUUCCCAAGAUCGAGGAUGGCAACAAUUUUGGGGUUUCGAUUCAGGAAGAGACGGUGAGUGAACUCCAAACUGUGAUGAAUGAAGCAACCACAGGCCUGGAGGAGAUCUGUAAUUUCUACACUGGACGGGCAAAGCUGGUCUCAAAGAUCGCAAAAUACCCCUAUGUGGAAGAUUAUCGGCGCACAGUGACUGAGAUGGAUGAAAAAGAAUUCAUCAGCUUGAGGUUCAUCCUGUCAAGCCUGAGAAACCAGUAUGUGACUCUGCAUGACAUGAUUUUGAAGAACGUUGAAAAGAUCAAGCGGCCCCGAAGCAGCAAUGCAGAAACACUCUACUGAGCAUGUCGACACGGAACUUACAAACUCGUCAGUGGGCUCCAGAUGGUCUUGGUCUUGGUUUGUUAUGUGACUGUUCAGAUGGGGAAGGUAGCUAGAACUGUUCAGAUGGGGAAUCU